AUGCGUUGUUGUGGUGGAUACCGAUCUGGUACUGGAUCCUGGGGAGAUUUUGGUUGCCCAUAUGAAGUGAAGAAACCGGGUGAAGGCAUUGUGGAAUUUACUGUGCUUGAGACCAAAUCUAUGGGCAAACAUGAGAUCCUAUUAUGGCCAUCUUUGGUAUACCCUGGCGGUACAGCUACAAUGUGUAUUGCCAUCCGAGGAUCAGAGCGUAUGAGGGGAUAUCAUUGGCGCUGCGAGAAAUAUGGCAAAACAUCCCAAGUGUGUUGA